CGCAGGAGGCGUGCGGCGGCGACGGCACGCCGUUGGUGUCAUGUGGAAGAUGGCGGCAUCCAGGGGAGGCUGAGGCUCUGAGGGGGCAGUGAGAGGUUUCCGUACAGCCCGAACGUGCGGCUUUGGAGGUCCCUUCGCUCAGUUUCCUGCUCCAGGUUUCGCGCCGCGCAUCCCCCCAGACCCUCGGGCGCGAUGUGGAGGAGCUGCCACCGGCUGCGGGACGGGGGACGCCGCCUCCUGAAUCGGCCUGCGGGUGGCCCCAGCGCUUCUAAGAGUCCAGGGCCAACCAUCCCGUCUCCAGCCCGGGCUUACGCCCCGCCGACAGAAAGGAAGAGGUUUUUCAUCUUCAGCUUGUUCCGUGGUGAGAUUAUCCUUCCUGCUUUUGUCAGAUAUAUUUCUGUAAGGGACUCAGAGUUGGCUUUGUCUGCACCAAUUCAAGUGGCUAAAUAUAGGAAUGGUCACUUGAUUCCGCUUAACAAAUCCCUGAGAGUUUUUCAUUUGAUCUUUCAAGGUGGCUUUGAGAUAAACCUGGACCACAGGAAGCUGAAAACUCCCCAAGCCAAGCUCUUUACCGUGCCCAGCGAGGCCCUGGCCAUCGCAGUGGCCACUGAAUGGGAUUCCCAGCAGGAUACCAUCAAGUACUACACCAUGCACCUGACCACAUUGUGCAACACAUCCUUGGACAACCCAACCCAGAGAAAUAAGGAUCAGCUGAUCCGAGCAGCUGUGAAGUUUCUGGACACCGACACCAUCUGCUACAGGGUGGAGGAGCCAGAGACAUUAGUGGAACUUCAAAGGAAUGAGUGGGAUCCAAUCAUAGAAUGGGCUGAGAAAAGAUAUGGGGUGGAGAUCAACUCCUCCACCAGCAUAAUGGGACCCAGCAUCCCCGCCAAGACUCGGGAGGUGCUUGUCAGCCACCUGGCGUCUUACAACACGUGGGCUCUGCAAGGCAUUGAGUUUGUGGCUGCCCAGCUCAAGUCCAUUGUGCUGACCUUGGGCCUGAUUGACCUGCGCCUGACGGUGGAGCAGGCCGUGCUGCUGUCACGCCUGGAGGAGGAGUAUCAGAUCCAGAAGUGGGGCAAUAUUGAGUGGGCCCAUGACUACGAGCUGCAGGAGCUGCGAGCCCGCACCGCUGCCGGCACCCUCUUCAUCCACCUCUGCUCUGAGAGCAGCACAGUCAAGCACAAGCUCCUGAAGGAGUGAGGCCUGGGCAGCGCACACCCAGCAUGAUGGUGGCAGUACAGCCACAGCUACCCUGGCCUUUGGGGUUCCCCAGCCUGUGGGGCUGGCUCCCUUGGCCUUUGGGGCUCAGCCUCAGAGUCACCCUGAGAUUCCCCCAAGACACAGUGCGCUAGUGCAGCUGUCCAGAGGUCAGCCUGAUUUCCACCCAGGUGCCCCUGGUUUGGCCAGCAGUGAACGUGGGAGACAAAUUGUACAAGUGACUUUCUCUCAACACUGAUUUUAUUAAAUAUUUCUCCACCCUGGAAA